AUGGACAAUUUUGUGAAUAACAAAGGUGAUAAAAACACAUAGAAAAGAUUGAACUAUCUUUAACAAAUUAAUCUACUUUUAGGCAAGAAGAAGAGAAAUAAUAAUAAACGUGAAUUGUGUUUGUUUUACUCUAAUAUCAUAUCGAUCGAAAAAUUAUUAUUUGCAAAGCAAAAUAUUCGGACGCUGAUAAUAAUUGGUCAACGAGAUAUUAGUUCUUUCAGUGCAAUUUCACAAUUAAUAGAAUUGCAGGAAUUAUGGAUCGUCGAGUGUGGUAUCAAGGAUGUACCACCCUUCAAAGAAAAUUGUUUAUUGAAGAAACUUUAUCUGUAUUCCAACGAAAUAUCUCACAUACCAAAUUUAGAAGUUUGUUCACAUUUAAAUGUUUUAUAUCUAUCAGGAAACAAUAUACGCAAACUUGAGAAUUUGGAUACGUUAACGUGGCUACAGGAGCUUAAUUUAGCUAACAAUAAAUUAGAAAGAAUAAAUAAAAUAUCUUGGAGAAAGUCUGAACUACGCAGUCUAAAUUUAGCAGGAAAUCCCUUGUGUUUUAUAAAG